CAGGGGCGACACAGCGAGGCAGAGGGCGAGAAAAGAGAGAGAGAGAGAGAGAGAGAGAGAGAUGUUAAUGUUAAUGCUUAUAUCCCUGUGGCUGUGAGUCCUAGGAGCUCAUCUUCAUUCCUCAUCUCUAUCUCUGUGUGGGUGUGUCUCUCUCUGUCUCUACAUCCUUUGAGACCUGAGACCCCACAAGUGGUGGCUGCUCUGCAUCUGGGUCUCCCUAGAUUUGAAGCAGAGAGGUGUCCAAGACUCUCCUCUGUCUCUCUUCAGAGUCGAGUGGGUACUUUCUUGAAACACGUAGACUCCUCCUGACUCUUCUUCUUGUUCUGUUUCGGCACUGUUCAUUUCAUUCCUUGAGAGUUGUAAUUUAAUAACAGUAGGAUGACGAAGCAUAAGGAUGGAAAACUAGGGUCCUUACAAGACAAGCGAUCUAGAGUUCUUCCGAUGACGACUUUGCUCGUUGCCUUAUGUGGCUUGUCAUUUUAUCUGGGAGGUAUUUACUGUGCUGAGAAGAACAAAUUCGAGGUAAAGAAUGUCAAGGACAUUGCUAAGGCCGUCCCUUCUCCUAAAGAAUCGACAGUUGCUCCACUUCAGAUGAAGUUUGUCACUUUCCCUGAGUGUAGCUUAGACUACCAAGACUACACUCCCUGCACGGAUCCUAAGAGGUGGAGGAAGUAUGGCAUGCAUCGUCUGACUUUCAUGGAGCGCCACUGCCCAGCGGUUUUCGAGAGAAAGGAAUGCUUGGUCCCGCCCCCGGAAGGGUACAAGCCGCCGAUCAAAUGGCCAAAGAGCAGGGACGAAUGUUGGUACAGGAACGUGCCAUAUGAUUGGAUCAACAAGAAGAAAUCAAACCAGAACUGGCUGAGAAAGCAAGGAGAGAAGUUUAUUUUUCCUGGUGGUGGUACUAUGUUUCCCAAUGGUGUGAGUGCAUACCUCGAUUUGAUGCAAAAUCUGAUCCCUGGUAUGAAAGAUGGCACGGUUCGAACUGCCAUCGACACAGGUUGUGGGGUUGCGAGCUGGGGAGGCGAUUUGUUGGAUCGUGGGAUAUUAACGGUUUCUCUUGCCCCUCGAGAUAAUCACGAAGCUCAAGUCCAAUUUGCCUUGGAACGGGGGAUUCCGGCAAUACUAGGCAUCAUCUCCACGCAGAGGCUACCUUUCCCAUCUAACUCAUUCGAUAUGGCCCACUGCUCAAGAUGUCUUAUCCCAUGGACGGAAUUCGGCGGAUUAUACCUCCUAGAAAUCAACCGGAUACUGCGGCCCGGAGGUUUCUGGGUCCUCUCAGGACCACCAGUCAACUACCAAAACCGCUGGCGUGGAUGGAACACUACUGUGGAGGAACAGAAGUCAGAUUAUGACGGGCUGCAGAAGCUGCUCACCUCAAUGUGCUUCAAGCUGUAUAACAAGAAGGACGACAUUGCUGUGUGGCAGAAAACAUCGAACAGCAGUUGCUACAACCGCCUCACAAAACCCGACGCCUACCCACCGAAAUGCGACGACAGCCUCGAGCCGGACUCCGCUUGGUAUACUCCGCUCCGCCCUUGCGUGGUUGUUCCGGAUCCCAAGCUCAAGAAGAUCGGUCUCAAAUCUGUCCCCAAGUGGCCUGAGCGACUGCACAUUGCACCCGAGCGCAUGUCACAAAUACACAGAGGAAGCGCGAGUGCUUUCAAGCAUGAUGAUAGUAAGUGGAAGGUGCGGGCGAAGCACUACAAGAAAGUACUGCCUGCACUUGGGACUGAUAAAAUUAGAAACGUCAUGGAUAUGAACACUGUCUAUGGAGGUUUCGCGGCUGCUCUGAUUGAUGAUCCCCUAUGGGUUAUGAAUGUCGUCUCGUCCUAUGGUGCCAAUACUCUUGCCGUCGUUUAUGAUCGUGGGCUUAUUGGAACAUACCAUGACUGGUGUGAGGCGUUCUCAACAUAUCCUCGAACAUAUGACCUUCUUCACCUCGAUGGUCUCUUCACUGCUGAGGGCCACAGAUGUGAUAUGAAAUUUGUUCUCUUGGAGAUGGACCGAAUCCUCCGUCCGAACGGGUAUGUAAUGAUGCGGGAGUCUAGCUACUUCAUCGACGCGAUCGCAACCAUCGCAAAGGGGAUGAGAUGGGGGUGUCACAAAGAAGACACCGAGUACGGCGUCGAGAAAGAGAAACUAUUGGUCUGCCAAAAGAAGCUUUGGUAUCCGUUGAGCAAGAGUUCGCGGUGAAAAGUGAAGGAAGACACACACUUCAUGUACAACAAAAUUGCCGAAUAGAAGUAUAGACAAUUGAGAGUUUCAAUCCUGGAUCAGACACACAAGGAGAUCAGUCAAAAGAACCCAACAAGGGUUCAGGAAUUCCUGCAUUCAAAUUCUUUCAAGCGAUGAACAGUGACGAAUAAUACCUGAUUCUGGUUUAGUGAGCCUUCUCAUACAAGUAUAUUGUCCCAUAGGCUGAAGAUGUAUUUUUUUUUUCCUCUUUCGUUUUCGUACUUUAAUUUGUGAUUGUCAUUCUUUAGUCCUCUUUCCGCCCCUGCUUCUCCUUUGUUUCCACACUAGUUGAAAACUGCCGGAGUUACUCAAAUGCGAGAGGUGUAUUCCAAUGAA